AUGGCCGCCGACGCAACACAAUCCAGCCAGGCGGAGAGUAGUACUACUCCAUCCCUCUCGGUGAAUGCUGCAGGCGUAACCACUACUACUUCAUCCCUCUCGGUGAAUAGUGACGCUGCAGGCGCGACCACUACUACUCCACACUCCUCAACAAAUGUUGGCGCAUCCGUGGAGACUACUUCAUCGCUGAUGUCGCUGCCUCACACUCAGCCUGCUGGUAAUUCAACAUCGCGAACGCCUUCCAGCGUUGCUAGCCCAUCACACACACCUACCAACGAAACCGUGGUCCCAAUAGAUUCGCAAUCAAAUGCAACCUUUAGUUCUGGGACUCUUGCAGGUGCCAUAGUAGGCGCCUUUGCAGGGGGUUGUAUCUUGGCUCUAUUAUUGGCCAUUCUUUUCUUCUAUUUCCGCAAGAAGACUCGCAAACCUAGGGAGCAGGACCGUGAUUCUGCUUUCAUUAAGAAAAAUACAGGAAAGGUAUCAGGACAGACAAUCACUACAUUCGCUGGCUCUUCUACUACAGCGAGCUCUGAUAAGCCGCUCCCCCCAGUUGCGACCGCGUUUAAGUCCCAGCACCUCGAUCUGUCUACAUAUAUUCCACAGCCAGCAGAUGACAACUCUGUGUGCAUGCGAAUCCAGAGCUUAUUUGAUCAGGCCGGUCUGCAUGUUGAAAACUACUACUCUCGCACCGCUUCCAAUCCACCUUUGACUCAAGACCUUCUUGCUCGUCUCAGCCACUACGACUCAGCAUAUUUGCCUGCUUCCUUGAUCACCAUGCUUUCAAGACCCCGAUCUCAAAGGGCUGUUCUCACCCAUGCUCUAGUUUACAGCCUGAUGCGUGCUAUUCAACCCGGAGCAACCGAAAACUCUCUUCUUCCACCGAGUUAUGCGCAAAUUUCAAAGCAACAGGGAAGCGAGAUGGCCAAUGAUGCCACGGACCGUGCCGAAUUUGCUUGGCGUAUGCUCACGUCCUUCCUCUACGCGUCAGACAACCAUUCGCCGACCCUACCCACAGACAACAUAAUGACAUUUGCGGAGGAAUUUACCAAGGCAUUUGAGCCAUACAGCAAUUCGCAAUUCGCAGAGGAUGAUCGCCUUCGGCAUCUGGCCACUAUCUCCAAGUCGGCAGCUGAUCUCGGCAUCUGGUUAUUCUCACAGCCAUGUUCGUUCAAGUUCCAGUGGAUAACAAAUGGGGUUUCUGGUGAUACGAUCGUGGUCCUUCCUGCUCUUGUAAAGGUCUGCGACGAACAGGGCCGACGAUUGGCGGUUCCAGAGACGUUGGCGGAGGAGAAGACAAUACAAAUUUGA